CUCUAGCUUGUUAUUGUUUACAGUGGGUUUUUUGUUCCUUGGUUGGUGGCCAAAACGCGCAACGUGGACGUGGUUUUUAAAGCGAGUAGAGCAGUUUAGAGCAUAGCUCACGGCGCACUGCUGUCUCCACCCCCACUUUUCUGCCCCGCCCCCACCAAAAAGAAAAACACCUGUGCUCCCGUCACGCCAUCAAGUGUACUUCACUUUUUAGUUCUUGGGAGGGAGGCUUUCUCACAAGACAGCAUCUGCUUAUCUGGUUAGCGAUCUGAUGAUCUGGCAAACCGACAACGGCACACACAACACAUCACACACAAACCGUGAGGCGAGCGAUCCAUGAGCGAGGCAAAGAUGAACGGACGCUCCAUACGCAUCAACCGGCUGCCGGCGACCAUCGUCGCCAUCCUGCUGACCAUUUUCCUGGUCUACUUCCUCAAUUUCCACCAGGACGAACGACCCGCCAUCUAUGGAAUGCUGCGGAGCGAUAACCCGAAUCGAGUUAAUCUGCGCAAGAUGCUGAUUGCCGCCAUCCAGGCGGCGCAACGUGGCGGAGUCGAGGUCCUCGAUGUGGCGCGCAGUCGCCAGCUGAAGGAGCGCAGCAAGGGCAAGACGGACGAGGGCGUCAACGAUCCCUUCACCGACGCCGACGGCCGGUCGCACUGCGUAAUGAAGCAGGGCCUGCAGCGGAUCUUCCCGCGCGUCCAGAUCUUCUCCGAGGAGGACAAGGAGCACUGCAAGCAGGCGCACAGCUAUGAUCUCGAUCCCACGGUCCUCCACGAAACCGCACAGAUUCCCGACGUGGCCGUGAAUGCCCAGGAUGUCACCGUUUGGGUGGAUCCACUAGACGCCACCAAGGAGUUCACAGAGGAGCUGUACGAGUACGUGACCACAAUGGUGUGCGUGGCGGUGGCGGGAAGACCCAUCAUCGGCGUGAUCCACAGUCCGUUCAACGGACAGACGGCGUGGGCGUGGGUGGGCAACUCGAUGUCGGAGUACCUGGCCAAUCUGCAUCCGGAACACCCGCCGGAGAACCAGUCGCCGAUCAUCACAGUAUCGCGAUCGCAUACGGCGGGUGCCAAGGAUUUGGCGCGCGGCAUCUUCGGCGAGGAUGUCAAUCUGCUGACGGCAGCUGGAGCCGGUUACAAGGUGCUCCAGGUGGUGGCCAACAAUGCGACCGCCUAUCUGCACACCUCCAAGAUCAAGAAGUGGGACAUCUGCGCCGGCGAUGCCAUUCUGCACGCAUUGGGCGGCACAAUGACCACGCUGAACGACCAGUUGAUCAACUACGGACCGGAUGAGUCGCCCGUGAAUACGGACGGCCUGCUGGCCACUCUCGAGCGGCACGACGAGUACAUGGACAAGCUGUCCAAGUAUCGGGCGGCGCACAAUGGCAAGCUGGCGUAGGGGUUAGCCCUUGGUUCCCCACUCCGAGUGGAAACUCCUCACCUCCCUCCCUCCACCCACUGAUCGUUUAGGCAGCAUUCAAGAAUAGCUCUAAGUUCUAAAGAAGGAAACCUGUUUUUUUCGUAAUCUCAUAUAUCUCUGUUUGUUCGCGUGUGCUUCUCUUUUUUUGCAUAAUUACGUUGGUUGUGCGGCGGCGCAAAGGGUCGUGAACCCGGACCGAAACAAACCGCCCAGUUGGCUCAAAAUAAACUUACUUUAAAUUGUA